AUGUUGAAAGAGGAGUUGUUGCCGGAUGGCAUCGAUUUGCCAAACUCAUAUUAUGAGGCAAAGAAGAUAAUUAAAGAACUCGGCCUUUCUUACAACAAUAUUGAUGCUUGUACUAAUGAUUGCAUGUUAUACUGGAAGGAGGAUAGCCAACUCGAUUCUUGCAAAGUUUGUGGGGCGUCUAGAUGGAAGAUAGCAACACAUAGCGGGGAAACAAGGAAUAAAAAAGGAAAAAAAAUAGCAUCAAAGAGCUUACGCUAUUUUCCUUUAAAGCCUAGACUUCAGAGGUUGUUUAUGUCUACAAAGACAUCUACUCUUAUGACAUGGCAUAAGGAUAAAAGAGUUGAUGAUGGAAUAAUGAGGCACCCAGCUGAUUCAAUGGCAUGGAAGUCAUUUGAUGAACUUCAUCCUUCAUUUGCGGCUGAGCCUCGUAAUGUUCGACUUGGACUUGCUAGUGAUGGAUUUCAGCCAUUCCGAAAUUCAAAAACCUCACAUAGCAUUUGGCAAGUGGUGCUUAUUCCUUAUAAUUUACCACCUUGGUUGUGCAUGAAACAAGAAAAUAUUAUUUUGUCAAUGCUUAUUCCUGGUCCAAAUGGCCUAGGAGAUGCAAUUGAUACAUAUCUUCAGCCUUUAAUAGAGGAAUCAAAAGAAUUGUGGGAAGUUGGUAUUGAGACCUAUGACAUUGAGACAUAUGAUGUGUCAGCUAGAAAGAAUUUUAAGUUGCAUGCUUCUUUGUUGUGGACCAUUAAUGACUUUCCAGCAUAUGGAAAUUUAUCUGGAUGGAGUACAAAAGGAAAAUUGGCAUGUCCAUGUUGCAAUAAAGACACUUCAUCAACUCGACUAGCUAAUGGUAAGAAGCAGUGUUAUAUGGGUCAUCGACGUUACCUUCCUCAUAAUCACAAAUGGAGGAAUGAGAAGAAGUCAUUUGAUGGUACAAAUGAGAGAAGACCCCCGCCACAAAUGCGUUCUGGUAUUGAGAUACUUAAUCAAGUGCAGGAUCUUGAAGGGAUACAAUUAUCAAAGGAUCCAAAGAACAGGAAGAAGAUAUCACAUGAAAAUCGAAAGGAUAAUUGGAACAAAAAAAGUAUCUUUUUUGAACUUCCAUAUUGGAAGAGUCUGUUGUUGCGACAUAAUUUGGAUGUUAUGCAUAUUGAAAAAAGUAUAUGUGAUAAUAUUAUGGGGACAAUCAUGAAUGUCAAAGGAAAGACCAAGGACACAAUUAAAACUCGGUUAGAUUUGCAAGAAAUGGACAUUAGGCCAGAAUUGCACCCUAUCCAAAAUGGGGAGAAAAUUGAAAUUCCAACUGCAUGCUACACAUUGUCUCCCGAAGAGAAGCACAAGUUAUGCCUUUUCCUAAAGAAUCUAAAGGUUCCUGAUGGAUUUUCAUCUAAUAUUUCUCAAUGUGUAAACUUGAAAGAUCACAAGAUUUAG